AUGGAACAGAUCUUCUCAGGAUUUCCAUGUGCCAUAAUUGUAGAUGACAUUAUUGUCGGAGGAAAAGGGGAGAAAGAGCAUGAUGAAAACUUGGGCAUGGCAGGUGAAUCUAAAACUCAAACCACAGAAGUACUGGCCAUGUGUAAUCUCACUGUUCAGUCCUGUGAGAGUUUGUCUUCCGCUCUACAAUCCUCAAACUGUGUCCUGAGAGAGCUGGACCUGAGUAACAAUGACCUGCAGGAUUCAGGAGUGAAGAAGCUCUCUGAUGGACUGAAGAGUCCAAACUGUAAACUGGAGAUACUGAGAUUGGUCACGUGUAAACUCACUGUUCAGUCCUGUAAGAGUUUGUCUUCAGCUCUACGAUCCUCAAACUGUGUCCUGAGAGAGCUGGACCUGAGUAACAAUGACCUGCAGGAUUCAGGAGUGAAGCUUCUCUCUGAUGAACUAAAGACUGGAAACUGUAAGCUGGAGACACUGAGAUUGUCUGCCUGUAUGGUGACAGAGGAAGGCUGUGGUUUUCUGUCUUCAGCUCUGACUUCAAACCCCUCACACCUGAGAGAGCUGGAUCUGAGCUACAAUCAUCCAGGAGAUUCAGGAGUCAAACUGCUUUCUGAAAAACUGGAGGAUCCAAACUACACACUGGACAAACUCAAUCUGGAUCAUGGAGGAGACUCGAUGAUUACAGCAGGACUGCGCAAGUGGGCCUGUUUUCUCACACUGGAUCCAAACACAGCACACAUUCAUCUCAUUCUGUCUGAGGAGAACAGAGAGGUGAAGCGUGUGAGAGAGAAUCAAUCGUAUCCUGAUCAUCCAGACAGAUUUGAUAAUUAUCUUCAGGUGUUGUGCAGAGAGAGUGUGUGUGGACGCUGUUACUGGGAGAUUGACUGGAGUGGAGAUGAUUAUGUGUGUAUAUCAGUGUCAUAUAAGAGCAUCAGGAGGAAGGGACAAAGUGAUGAGUGUGUGUUUGGAUAUAAUUCUCAGUCGUGGAGUUUUUUCUGCUCUUCCUCCAGAUUCUCAUUCACACACAAUAACACACACACUGAUCUCCCAGUAAAGCCGCUCAGUAGGAGAAUAGGAGUGUUUGUGGAUCACAGUGCAGGAACUCUGAUCUUCUACAACAUCUAUAGAGACACAAUGAGCCUCAUCCACUCAGUCCAGACCACAUUCACUGAGCCGCUCUAUCCCGGGUUUAGUGUGUGUUCUGGAUCAUCAGUGAAACUGUGCUGAAGACUGAGAGACUGAGGAGAGAUUUACCCAUAAUCCUCUGCAGGAUCAGUCAGCAGCAGUGAGAUGUUCUGGUGAGAUGAUGGUCUGUUCUGUGUGUUCAGCUCAAUUUCAGUCACUGAGAGAAAAAAUGUAUGUCAAACUUCAUUCUAGAACUGUGCCUGUGAGGUUUUGAAACGGUGGAAUAAAUGUCCAUAAUCUUAGAGAACUGGAGUAUGUUCCCAAUCUGAUGCACUCUUCUACCACUCCCUCAAACUCUUCUGCUCUUGCCAGUUUGAAGAUGGCUCUA